CAUCCCAUCAUCCCUUUCCUUCUCCUAGCAUCCCUUCAUUCUUUUCAAACAUUUCAUCUUCUUUUUGCUUUUCUCAUCGCAACCCACCUAACUACCAUGAAUGCUUUGGCGAGUGGAAGAUUUGUCCAAAGGACAAUCUUGACAAGGUUUUGCAGCUUUGUACGCAACGAGGUGAUUACUAAGUUUGAUGAGAAAGACCAAAAGGCCGAUGCUGAGAUGAAGAAGGUCAUCACACUGGUAACAGAGAAGGAAUGGGUAUUCAUUCAGGUGAAGUAUGGGUGUUUGUUCGGGAAGACUGCCCCACCAUUGAGGGAACAUGAUUUGGAGAAAGUUGUCGAGGAUAUUGGUUCUACUGUGAGAGUGAUUGACAAAGAUUGCGAUAAAUUAUUUGUCCAGAGGACAAUCUUGACAAGGUUUUGCAGCUCUGUCCACAACGAGGUGAUUAUUAAGUUGGAUGAGAAGGACCAAAAGGCUGACGUUGAGAUGAAGAAGGUCAUCACACCGAUACUAGAGGAGGCAUGGGUAUUUGUUCAAGUGGACUGUCCUAUUGAGCUUGUUGAGGCUCUGGUUUCAAAGCUGAAGGACCAUAAGGUUAUCAUUGAGAUGAAAAAGGUUGUCAUACCAAUACAAGGUUGUGUUCAACUAGAGUGCCACACAAUUGAGAUGGAGGUUUUCCCUAAGCCACUAGCUAUAGGCUCUAAGCCAAUGGACUUGUGUUGAGGAAGAUGGAUGAAAUGGACAUCAUUGCAUCAACAAUAAAGAAUGCUAGAGAACUAAUAAGUGUUGCUAUUGAUAUUAAUGAGCAUAGAUGGAAGACAGUUUUGUUAAAAAUUAGUUCAAGUUCAAGUGUGGUGAAUAAAGAUCGAGAUGACCU